GAUGGACGCGGUAGACCUUUGGGGACGUUCGACAGAACAAGUGGUUCCGGUAGUUGUCCCCGCCGUUCUACAGAUAUAGUGUUGUGCUUCCAAAGUUUCCCUACCCUACAUAUCUACUGUCGGUGCUCCCGAAUAUCAAGUGCCAAAAUAAACACUCGUUUCGAACGGAUUCCGCCGAAGAGAGGGUUUGACUUAUCAAUUAGUGAUUUUUGUGAACUUCAUUGAAUAGCUAAUCAAGCACCAGAACCCCUCCAGGCAGGUUGUUGAGUUCAAGUGAGACAAUUAUACCGAGUUAGAGGACCCACUCCUCCUGAACAGAACCAUGGCAAACAUGUGCAACAGUAGCGCCUCCGGAGCCAAUACCGGCCAGAGCACCGGAUCGAUUCCCACGGCAGUCGCUGCUUACGAUGAGUACUACGAUUCCAGCUGGCAGCUCAUUCCACCGGAUUACGGAGCCACCGAGUAUGACUAUAGAAUCCUGGAUAGUAUGAAAAUACCAUCCGUCCAGCGGUCCAGCUUCCACAUCAGCGACAUCCUGGAGCUCAACAGCCACAAUGCUCAAAACAAGGAGUACCCACACGCACAGCAACACUCCAGUAGUGCGGCUUCCUCCGACCAGCAUCCUCCCUCACAAGGAGACAUCGUCCCCCCUGAAGAUUAUCCGUCGCAACAGGAACAAGCUCACCUAACGCAGUACAACAAUUCCAACGCCUACGUCCCACAGCAGUCAGCGGUAACACAUCCAGGCUACAGCGAACCUCCCUACUACCACUAUUCGCAUCACUUAUUCCCGGGAAGUUCUGGUUCAUCCACGUUCUCCACCCGAUAUUACGACAACAACGGCAGUACUGAUUAUGUACCUGCCCUGAUCCAGCAGAACAUCGAGAACGGUAUCCAUCAGCAGGUCAGUCCGGACAGUACCUCUCCGGUGACGGAAAUGUCCUCUUACACAACGAUUGGCAACUACAACAUUCCAUCGGUCAUCGAGACUUCGGAGCGGUUAGAAAGGGCGGACAUCGAUGGUAAUAACAACACUAACAAUGCGUGCGAUGGAGACUCGCUGGACGAUAGUAUAGAAGUCGGUAACUCGGGUGACGACCGAGCUGGCAGUGAAGGUGGAACUGGUGGUGCAAACGGUCAAAAGAAGCGCAAACGUAGAAUAUUAUUUUCUAAAUCUCAAACCUACGAGCUGGAACGGAGGUUCAAACAGACGAGAUACCUGUCCGCUCCGGAACGGGAACACUUGGCGAAGAUGAUCCACCUGUCUCCGACGCAAGUUAAGAUUUGGUUCCAGAACCAUCGCUAUAAGACGAAGCGAGCGCAAACCGAGAAGCACUCGCACUAUUCGCAUCAGCUGGGAAGCUCACCCAAGCGAAUCAACGUGCCAGUGUUGGUACGGGAUGGUAAACCGUGUCUGGGAUCGACAUCACUGGGGACAGUGAAAACUAGUCAGGAUGCGAGGCAACAUUCCCAUCAGCAACAUUUUCUGUCGGGCAGUAUUCAUUCGCUGGUUAGCGCUGGUGGUGGUGGUGGUUCCGAGCACAGUCCGGUCGGUAUCGGUUACCAGCCCGGGGUUGUACGAAGUAUUAUGCAGAACCACAGCGGAGGGAACAACGCAGGCUGGUGGCCGUGA